AUGAAUUCACACAAGGACGCAAACGACAGGCGGAAGGGGGAGGAUCUCUGGAAGACUCUAGUGGCGGCUGCCAAGGAAAGCCGCGAUCAGAAGCUCGCACAAAGCCAACUCCAACAACGACUGCAGCAACAGAUGGACGAACAAAUCGCGAUUCCGUACGAUCUGACCGAAGCACCGCCGCCCAAUUCGUCCACAGGCCCUGCCGCCGCGUUACCUACUAGAAAGGGAAGAGGACGCAAGACGAAAACGGCUCCGGUGGCGACCGCAGCUGUGACGCCGACACAGGGCGAUGCUGGAACGGGCCAGCUCCCUACGAAUGCUGUAGUCAGUCUCCCGGCCACUUCGAAGAAAGCAGCGGGAAACGAGCGUACGGCCCCCAGCCUUGCAUCUGGAGGCAUUCCCAACCCGACUCCCGCCUACCUCCUCCAGUCGCUCGCCCCGCCAAUUGCCAUGCCCGCCCCGCGACGCAUUCUUGUCAUACUCGACCUCAACGGCACUCUCCUCUACCGUCCAUCCAGACGGCUUCCCACCAAGUUCGUCGAACGACCGCACGCCCGUCGAUUUCUAGCCUAUUGUCUCGAUACCUUUCAUCUCGCCGUCUGGUCGUCCGCUCGACCCGACAACGUCCGUCACAUGCUGUCACAGCUGCUCACGCCCGAGCAGCGCAAGCGCUGUGUCGUCGUCUGGGGUCGCGACCGCUUCGGCCUCUCCUCGGAAGACUACAAUGCCCGCGUUCAGUGCUACAAGCGCCUCACCACCGUCUGGGACAGUGCCGAGGUCCAGGCGUCCCAUCCUGCCGCCGAUCGUGGUGCUCGUUGGGAUCAGUCCAAUACCGUUCUCGUCGACGACUCUCCCGAGAAGGGUCGCAGCGAGCCGCACAACAUCCUCCCCAUUCCCGAGUUCUCGGGCGUCGAGAACGAAGGUGUUGCCGUCCUGCCUCAGGUCCACGAUUACCUAAACCUGCUCUGUUUUCAGGAAGAUAUCAGUCGGUACAUGCGUCAGACACCCUUCGUCCUGGAUGCAACCCACCAAUUGCCUACCAGUCCCGCUGAGUCGAUCGGAUAG